UCCACUGCAAAUUCUUCCGCACUUACUUAGUUUGGAGCUCUGGACUUGCCGUAGUGUUUUCAUCCAGUGUAGCCAAUAUGGCGUCCUGCGGUUUGCCGUUUGGCUGGAUACAGGCACAUUUUUAAAUUAUUCUCGUUUUAAGCAAAUAUCUGAGGUCGUUGAUGGCAUCAGUAUGAAGAGCUACAUUUAGAAAAUAACGUGAAGCCGUUUUAAAGUCGGUAAAUUGAGUGUAUUUUGGUCGGAAGAGUGAUGUUACCUUACCCAGACGCUAGCCUGUCACUGGGCUAGCCCGGUCGGCUGGCCGUUAGCUCGCACGGACAGGCAGCUGCCCCGUCUGCGGGAGUAUCUCUGACCCAAUGACCGAGGCGGAGGAGCUGCGGCCCGUUCCCCGGGAGCGGGCCAUCCUGGAGAGCUUCUUCACGCAGCUCGGCAUGUUUUCUUUCGACCGGGCCAAGGACUACGUGGAGAAGGAGAAGGACAACAGCAAGAGCGCCGGGGCCAUCUGGGCCGCGCUGCUGGCCGCCCUGGCUCACCUGGCCGCCGCGGAGAAGGCGUACCACAACAUGACAUUCCUGGGACAGAAAAUGGGGGGCCAGUCCUUCUUCAGCCGGAAGGACUCCAUCCGCACCAUCUACACCUCCCUCUACAACGAGCUCCGGAAAGUGGUGACGAUGGGGCGCCACAGCCAGCCGGGCUCCACCUCCUACCUGGAGGACCUGCUGUCGCACCUGUCGGAGCAGCUCUGCCACUUCACGCAGGCCCGCAUGGAGAUGGCCGACCUGUACGAGAAAAUGCACUCGCUGGGCAGCCAGAAGAGCAUCAACUCAGACGAGCUGGUCACCACACUGGAGGCCGUCCUGCAGAAAUACAGCUCCAAGUUCCACCACCCCAUCCUGGGCCGCGUGGAGGAGGGCUUCCAGACGGAGGUGGACGUGGUGACCCAGUUACUGCGCUGCCAGGCCCAGGUGUCCGAGUGGCAUUUCCUGCCCGCUCUGCUCAGCCUGCACGGCGCCAACUCCAAGCUCACCGCCUGGGGUCAGCUCUUCCAGCGGCAGAGAGAGACCCGCAAGCACCUGUUCGGAGGCCAGUCCCAGAAGGCCGUGCAGCCUCCGCACCUGUACGUGUGGCUGCAGCGCUUCCAGGCGGCGCUCCUCGCCAAGUUCAGCUUCUACUUCCACGAAGCCCUGAGCCGGCAGACGGCCCCGGCCGACAUGAGGGCCCUGACCGCCCGCACCACGCCGGACUACCACGGCAAGAUCUGCUCCUUCGUCCGCAAGCACGACGCCAGCAACGUGUCUCUGGUGUUUGACAACCGCGGCUCAGAGAGCUUCCAGGGCCACGGCUACCACCACCCGCACUCGUACCGGGAAGCGCCGAAGGGCGUGGAGCAGUUCCCCGCCGUGGUGUCCCUGCCGUCGGGGGAGCGGCCGCUCACGCACUGGCCAAACGUCAUCAUGAUGAUGGGAGACCGCGCCGCUGAGCUCAACACCCUGGACAAGGUGGUGCACUUCUAUGACGACAAAGUCCAGAGCACCUACUACCUGACGCGGCCCGAGCCUCACUUCACGCUGGUGGUCAUCUUUGACGGCAGGAAGUCAGAGAAGGAUCUGCACAUCGCUGCCUUCCUGCAGGAGAUCUCGUGCUCGCUGCGAAACUCCAAACCCUUCAGCACUCUCAAACCUGGGUCCAAGGGCUGAGCUACGAGCGAACAGCGCGCAGAGAUGGUGAAGAUGGAGCCGAUGAAGAACCUCGAAUGAAACGGAACCUGCCCGCUCAAAUCAUUUCCUACAGAUAACCGAGAUGCUCAUGCUGGACAGGAAGCUGCGGUCCGGCCACUGGUUGCUUUAGCAGGCCUUUGUGUUGCUUUGAAUCUCAUUUCGCCAAAAAAUGUUCCCGACCAAAGAGAUUUUAUUUUCCUCGCAGCUUCUGAGAUCACGACAAACCGCCUGUUGCUAGAGCUUGAAGCCUUUGUUUAGAAUGUAUUAAGGAUUUUAAUUAUUUUGCGUCAAUUACUGUUUUAACAUGUUUACUUCUUAUUUUAAAGAGCUCACAUCCACCAUGAUUGAUACUGUUUAAAUAAAGCUUUGAGACGACUGCCUAUCUGGUCUCAUUUCCUCAACCUGAAAUAUCCAACGAUUAGUUAACCAACGUGAAACUCAAUCAGUUGUUAGUCUUGUUUAGAGCGUUGGCCGAUAUUAGCUCGAUUUGACUCGUUUGCUGGAUGACGGGUAACAUGAAACUGCAGUACA